AUGUCGAGAAUACGAAGGGACAUCCCCGAAGGAGAAAGGGCCCCAGCCCAAGAAGAGAACAUCGGUCUCCUCUCCUCCCACGACGCCUCCCAAGAACCACAACGACGCCCCUCCCCCGUCCACAGCAACAGCACCUCCUCGAGCAAAUCCUCCUCCCGCGAACGACCCCCAGGCGGGCUAUCUAUCCACCCGCCCGGCCCACGAACACCACGCACACCAAACCGAGUCCGCUUCGACCUCACACCCACGUUCGUCCCAGAGGAAGCCAGGCAAUUCCCCGCCGUCCCUCCCAAACCCACCCCCACAAACGAGGACACCCACCACCACGCCAGAGCGUCCUUCGACUACUCCGAAUCAGACACCUUCAACCUCGACGACGAUGAUUACCUAUCCUCCUCUUCCACCGCCCGCCGAGGCCGCCAGCGCGUCCCUCUGCUAUCAGAUAUCACCGCCCCCUCCAUAGCCGUCGCAUCCGACCGCUCCCUAUUCGGCGACCACGCCGACGCAGAAGACUGGCACGCCUCGGAAGCAUCCCGCCCCAAAUCAAACCUGUCGUCAGCGUUCAUGAACAUGGCCAACAGCAUCAUCGGCGCGGGCAUCAUUGGCCAACCGUACGCCUUCAAGUCAGCCGGUCUCCUGUCUGGCACGUUGCUCCUCGUGGUCCUCACCGUGGUGGUGGACUGGACGAUCUGCCUCAUCGUCAUCAACUCCAAGCUCUCGGGGGCGUCGUCGUUUCAGGGCACGGUAGAGAAGUGUUUUGGCAAGCCGGGGUUGAUCGCCAUCAGCGUGGCGCAGUGGGCGUUUGCGUUUGGGGGGAUGGUGGCGUUUGGGGUUAUUGUGGGGGAUUCGAUACCGAAUGUUAUGAAGGCGAUAUGGCCGGAUUUGGCUGGAGGAAGAAUAGGGAGCUGGCUGGUGGAUAGGAGGGUGGUGAUUGUGGUUUUUACGCUGGGGGUGAGCUGGCCGUUGGCGUUGUAUAGGGACAUUGCCAAGCUGGCAAAGGCGAGCACGUUUGCGCUGGUGAGCAUGGGGGUUAUUGUUCUGACGGUGGUGGUGCAGGUCGGGUUUGUGGAGGUGGAGGAGAGGGGGGAGGUGAAGGGGUGGGAGGGGUGGGUGCUGGGGGAUGGGAUUUGGAGUGCGAUUGGGGUUAUCAGUUUUGCAUUUGUUUGCCAUCACAACUCGUUGCUCAUCUACGGCUCCCUCGAAAAACCGACCAUCGAUAGGUUCUCCAAGGUGACGCACUACAGCACGGCAAUCAGCAUGUUUGCCUGCCUCCUCAUGGCCCUCGCAGGGUUUUUGACGUUUGGGGACAAGACCCAGGGCAACGUCCUCAACAAUUUCCCCGCGGACAACACCAUGGUCAACAUCGCGAGGUUGUGCUUCGGCCUCAACAUGCUCACCACUCUUCCUCUUGAAGCGUUCGUCUGCAGGGAGGUGAUGCUCAACUACUACUUCCCGGGAGAUCCGUUCAACCUCGCCCUUCACUUAAUAUUUACGUCAAGCUUGGUUUUCAGCGCCAUGACGCUGAGCCUGUUGACUUGUGACUUGGGAACGGUGUUUGAUCUUGUGGGGGGGACGAGCGCGGCGGCGAUGGCGUAUAUUUUGCCGCCGUUGUGUUAUAUUAGGCUGACGAAGAAGAGCUGGAGGACGUGGGUGGCCUGGGGGGUGGUGGGGUUUGGAGGGGUGGUGAUGGGGAUGAGUAUGGUGCAGGCGUUGGGGAAGAUGAUUAGUGGUAUGUUCUUGUUUCCUUUUGACUAUUUGUUUCCGAUGCUAACAUGA